AUGUAUAACAUUUUAUUAGAUAGCUUUCAGACCAUGGUUAACAAUCAUCAGUCAAUUGCCCUGGCUCCAUCCCCGGAAUAUAUUGAGCUUUUAAGAAGGCUCACAGCUAUGGAGGAAAGCCUCAAGACCAUGAAUUCAAACAUUGGCAUUGUCAUCAAGGGGAACAAAGAUUCAUUGGAAAUACUUGAUAGCGUUGCCAAUGCCUCUGAAGAACUUCUUGCAGUUAUUGCUCCUACUAUUAUACCUGCUUCUGCUUCUGUCCCUUUCGCAGCUUCUUCCAUUAGUUCUACUCUGGAUUGGUAUACAACACCUUCUGAGGCUUUUUUUGGUAGCUCUUCUGCUGCUCCUUCUGUUGCUCCUUCUGUCACUCCUUCUGUUGGUCAAGUAGUUCUUACUCAUGCAAACGCUGGUGAACUUAGUAAACAGGAUCGCACUAGAGUUUUAGCUCUUAUCCGAGGAGAGUUGAAGAAACACAACUUCAAAUCAAAUAAGCCAGAACUAGUUGCAGCUAAUGACAGCAAGUGCAGUUGGGAUGUUAAUGUUGAUUACAGCCUUCCACCCAACAGACAGCUGAUGCAUGACCUUCAUGCAUAUCUGGCUCCAAAGAUUGUUGGGACUAGUGUUCGACAGGCCGAUAUUAGCGAUUGUAUCUACACAAACUUUUGUGGAACGAGAUUCCGAGUCAAGGAAUCCUAUGAACAUUUUGACUGUCGCGAGCUGACCUACCAUACAUUCAAGGCUGAAAUUGAUAUGAAGGUGGGUAAGAGCUGCGAUGGACUCUUACAGAAAGAAGCAAUGUCUGAGGGCGAAUCUGAAGACAAUAUGCCUGGAGUCUCAAGCAACCGUGCAAUUCGUAUAGUGCGUCCAAGUUGGAGAAGCGAUGAGUACAAUCACUUUCUUGCGGUUGUUGAUGAUUUUAUGCGUAAUCGCAUGGACUUCAAUUCGCGUCAGAUGUUGAAGAGGUCCUUCGGUAGAGAUGCUGUUUUAGCAGUCCCGUCUAGAUUGACGUCCCAUCUCCAUCACUGGGCUUUUAGAGGAGUUUCAAUAAAUUUUGUUUUCUUAUCCUCUAUAUUCUCCACAUCCUCCAUCUGA